AUGACUGACAGAAAUAACCAAUGGUUUGAGCACCUCAUUGAUGGUGAAACUGUAGAUUCCGUUAAUACGUUAUGCGAAAGAAUCAAUCAUUUCUUUGUAAAUCUCACAAAAGAUUUUACGCCUCUCUCACAGGACGAUGUUUCUAACUAUUCUGCUGGUGAUUCUGGUAUUGCGGAUGAUCUCUUGGCUUCAACUGGCGAAGUUUAUAAAUCCCUUUGUUCUUUAAAGACAGGGAAAGCCCCGGGACCGGAUGGAAUCCCGAAUGUAAUUCUAAAAACGUUUGCCUUUGAGUUAGCGCCAGUAAUCGCUGAUAUUUAUAACUCAUCCUUACGUGAUGCCUAUUUGCCUCCUCUAUUAAAGAGAGCAACUGUUACACCUCUUCCCAAACAAUCUCCACCGGGCUCCAUUGAAAAUGGUAUCAGACCCAUCUCACUCACUUGCGAAAUUGCUAAAGUGAUAGAAGGUCUCACCUUAGCGAGAAUCCUGCCAUCCAUUAUAAGUCACUUGGAUAACAAACAAUUUGCUAUGGCUGGAAAAUCUACGCAACAGGCUAUAGUAUAUAUUCUCCAUCUAGCCCUCGAGGCCCUUGACAAGGGUGGUUGCACCCUCCGAUUUUUCUUUGCUGAUUUCCGCAAGGGAUUCGAUCUGAUUGACCACAAGAUUCUACUUGAUAAACUAUCUAAACUUGGCACUCAUAACGUUGUGUUAGGAUGGAUCGCUGCCUUUUUAUAUAAUAAUAAUAAUAAUAAUAAUAAUAAUAAUAAUAAUAAUAAUAAUAAUAAUAAUAAUAAUAAUAAUAAUAAUAAUAAUAAUAAUAAUAAUAAACUUUAUUUAAAGAAGGUGCAAUUAUACAAAAACCAGUUUAGCAAUGCUAAUCUUACACUGGGCUUUCUGUUCAACUGUUAUCGUCUACUUAUUACAAAUUUACUAUUAAAACUACACAUUAAAUUGGACAUCAGUACAACAAGCACAUAUAAAAGUCGUACAAACAAAUAACUUAUAUAUAAGUAUCUAAAAAGUAUUUAUAGGCUCUUAUUUUAAAGGAGCUUAAUGACGUUGAUUGUCUGGUCGCACGUGGUAAACUGUUAUAUAAUGUUGCACCACUGAAUUUCAACGUUUUCUGCCUAAUUGUUAGUUUCGUUCGCGGUAUCCACAGUUCGUUGUUCUCUGAGCUUCUUGUAAUUCGUUUUGUCACUGAUGACUUUAAGACAAACAAGUCACUUAUGUACUUGGGUACCCAGUUGUUUAAUGAUUUAUAUAAAAGGUCUCAGUUCGUUCGUAUUGGGUCGGAUGCAUCUACACUUCAAUAUAUCAAUGGUGGUAUUCCACAAGGUACUAAGCUUGGCCCAAUCCUCUUUGCCGUAAUGGUGAAUGAACUUUUGUCUGCGUGGGGCCCCCGUGCUAAGUUCGUUGAUGAUCUUACCGCUUUGGAAAUUGUACCUAGAAAUUCCCCUUCCUUGAUGAAUCAUAUCGUGGCAGAUAUACACUCGUUUGCUGAAGUGAACAAUAUGAAGCUGAAUCCUGCCAAGUGUAAAGAUAUGAUUGUUAACUUUCUUCAUUUCAAUACUAGUGUUUUGCAACCUAUCAUCAUUGGUGCAACACGCGUGGAAUCUGUUUCAUCAUUUAAACUGCUCGGAGUGUAUGUUACCAGUGAUUUAACAUGGUCUGUGCAUUGUGAAUACAUUAUUAAGAAAUCCAAUAGGCGUUUAUAUGCGUUGAGGAAGCUUAAGAGGAGUGGGGUAGCCCCAACAGACAUCCUAUGUGUUUAUUGUGCAAUUAUAAGAUCAGUAUUGGAAUACGCUUCUGUCGUUUUCGCCAACCUUCCUCAAAAUCUUAGCGACGAUCUUUAA